AUGACAAUACGAUGUGAAACAGCUAUUUUAUUCUUGUCAUUUAUCAAUAUGGUUAAUCUCGAUAACAACCUUCACGAACAUGUUUCAAUAAAUGAUAGAAUUUCUGAAAAUUUUCCCGAUACAAAUGUUCACGCUAUCUCAGUUGAUUAUGAGGAAACUCCAAGCAAAAGAUUUCUGCUUAAAAAUAAGAUGACCUCUCAUGGAUUGGCAGUGGUUAUUCUUCAUGCUUACAACAACCACCAACAUUUACGUUUAUCGCCUGAUGAUAUCUGGUUAACCAUCGCACAAGGAGUUAGUCAUCAUAUUAAUUAUAAUGCAGAAAAAUUUCGUUAUUAUUUUGUUAAUCAUGAAGGCAAAAAAGAGAUAAGUAUUUCAGUCGAUGAUAUUUUAACCCAUAACUUUUCUAGAAUUGAGGGAGAUUGGCCUGAAGCGGUAAAUAGAUUGGUCGUGAAAACUGAUCAAGCUGUAGAGAAAAUGGAUAUAAAAUCCCUUUUAGAAUGUGAUUUUUCUACUACAACAAAAAAUUCGCUUACCGCUAGUCGUAUCGUUCUUUUGGAUAUGGUUAAAGCAUAUUUUUCAUAUAAAAUGCAUUUUUGCUGCGGAAUUCCUAAAGUUACUCUCGAGGGUACUUUAGAAGAUUGGGAAAAGGUACAAGAAAAGGUCAUUCAAUUACGACGAUUAAAUUUAGAUCUCGAUUUUUGGUUGGAUAGAUUGGAGCCAGUUAUUUGCAAGUUGAUUGAAACCUAUAAAGGUGAAGUGGAUGAAGUGUUCUGGUCAAUGAUAGCCUCGCAACGAUCGUUUUGUUCAGGCCCUAGUAAUAUUAGUGGAUGGAUGAUGGCUUUUUAUCCUUAUGAAAAGAAUGGAACAAAGUUAACUCGUGAUUCAAUUGAACCGGAUGAAAUUCCUGAUGGAAGGGUUGCAGUCCCAUUUACAACUAAUACUGGUUUAUGUUUAAAAUUCAUUGCCGGAUUUUUGGGUGCGCAACAAGAAUUUCUCGAGAAUUCUAAUGAAGUGGUUGUCUCGCCGAUGAUUGGUUGGUUCGUCAUUGACGAUAAAACUGCGGAAGAGGACGAUUGUUAA